AUCGUUGUUUGAAGACCAUCGGGCCUGGGGAGAGGGAGGGCAACACAACCCCCCCCCCCGGGGGCCGUUCACCUUCUUGUUUUUUAUUUUAACGUUCUGGUAUCCAUUCUCGGACCCGCGCGUCCGUUGCGUCGUAACCCGCGCACACGAAGGAAAAGAAGAAGCUCGCCCGCUCAGCGUGGCGGCAGGCAGGCAGGCAGGCGACGCGCGAAACGACGACGGCGCCAUGUCCAAGCCGGGGUGGGCUCCGGGGUACUCGGACUUGCCCGAGCCCAUCGACCAGCACCAGAAUUACCCCGAGGUAGUGGCGCACGAUCUCCCAUACCCGGCGACGACCUUCUACGAGCAGGACAAGCACCUGGCUCACUCGGACCACGCGACCGCACAGGGCUAUCCCUUCACGCCGGCCUCCCAACCCACCACCGUUCCGUCAGAGCCGGAGGGCCGGGUGCUCGGCCUGCGGCGGCGGACAUGCAUCUGGCUGGCCGCGAUAUGCGGCGUCUUGGUCGUCAUCGGCAUCGGCCUCGGCGUCGGUCUCGGCCUCGGUCUGCGCAGCAGCGGCUCAAGCGACCAAGAGGGGGCCCCAACGGCAGCAUCCACGCCCUCGCCGAGCCUGGUCCCUGACGCCGGCACCACCAACUCGACCAACAACCUGUUCGAGGGGUCCUCGCUCGCCGCGACAAACUACACGGACCCCGACGGCUACGUCCACCUCUACGUCUUCUUCCAGGCGGCCAACAAGGAGCUGACGGUGUCCAAGUGGGACUCGCAGAACGAGACGUGGGCGACCCUCUCCAUCUCCAAGAUGCUGUCCAGCACGGGGGUCAACCUCGAGCCGAUCCCCGCCUCGCCCAUCGCCGCCUACACCUACCUCAACCCGACCUUCCAGACGCGCGUCUACUUCCUCACCGCCGGCAACUCCAUCCGCGAGAUCAUCACGUCCGAGGACCCCUCCCUGACCUCCAACUGGCGCCAGGGCAUCCUCGGCAGCAGCAAGCUCAUCACCGCCGGCCAGGGCUCCAAGCUGGCCGCCCUGCGCCCCCAGUGCGGCACCGGCGAGGACUGCCAGUUCUACUACCCCUCCAUGGCCAUGGCCUACCAGGGCGACGACGGCGUCAUUGCCCUGAGCAGGGCGGAUGAUUGGAAGCCGAUGGAUAUCCAAUUCGGCCCGGCCGAGCCCGGCGCCGUGAUCGGCCUCGCGAGCGUCAUGCGCGACAACAUCACCGACGUCGGCUGGAGCUUGUUCUUUGACGAGGACGGGACCCUCCAGGAGUUCAAUUCCGAGCUGCUCCUCUCCCAGUGGACACGAGGGAAAUCGACCGGCUUCGCGCCCGAGGCCGGCUCGGGCUCGCCCAACAUCGCCUCCUUCUCGUACGACCUGGUCAACAUCAUGAUCGUCGACGUGGACCCGGACGGCGACCUCGAGGUGCGCACCUGGGACACCCAGUCCUGGAGCGACCUCCAGCCCCCGAACCUGGUCCCGUCCGACGGGGCGCCCGAGAGCCCCAAGUUCUCGGCCGUCGCCGGCAACUCGCAGCGCCGCGUCUUCGGCAUCGCCGACGGCGUCAUCCACCAGUGGGAGUUCUUCAGCCUCAGCCCGCUGCAGUGGUCCUACAGGGGCAUGGUGCCCACCGAAGUGAAGACAUAAAAUGGGGUCUGUUUCUUUGUUCCUUUUUUUUUGGUGGGUUGGUGGGUGUUUUGAGCAUGGGUGGGCAUGUGUCAUGGUCCAUUGGUUCUUGGUUCUUACACACUGGGUUGGUUACUGGCUUGGCUACUGGCGCUGGAUGUGUCAUGCUUAAAUUCCAUGUGUGUUCUAUACAUGUAUAUACCUAUACAUAUUG